AUGGCCUCAGAAACAGAACAAAGAUCUCUUGAAGAUACUCCAACAUGGGCUGUCUCAAUUUGUUGUUUCUUUGUCCUUGUUAUAUCUUUGAUCAUUGAAGGAGGUCUUCACAAAUUCACUGAGGUUCUGAAGAAACAGAAAAGAAAGUCUAUGGGGAAAGCUUUGGCUAAAACUAAAACAGAAAUGAUGAAAUUUGGUUUUGUGUCAUUUUUGCUGACAAUAUCGGAAGUGCCAAUAUCAAAAAUCUGCAUCAAUAAGGAUAUGGCAAAUUCGUUUCUACCAUGUAAAGAUUCUAUGGAGAAGUUAGCAGUAUCAUCGGAAUUAGAUCAAAUACCUUCUACCAAUGAGUUGGGAAACCAAGUCAACUAUUGUGAAGCUAAGGGCAUGGUUAGUCUAAUUUCAGAUGAUGGAGUCCUACAGCUAAAUGUCUUAAUCUCAAUUUUGGCAGUCUUUCAUAUCCUUUACUGCACAUUAACCAUGUGUCUUGGAAUGGCAAAGAUGAGAAGAUGGAAAAAAUGGGAAGAGGAGACACAAACACUAGAAUAUCAGAUAGAUAAUGAUUCAAGAAGAUUCCGGUAUAUAAGUCAGACAUUAGGCGGCAAACGUCAUCUUAAAUUCUGGAAUAAUUAUUCUCCCUUGCUUUGGAUAGUCUGUUUUAUGCGACAGUUCUAUAAUUCAGUCUCAAAAGAUGAUUACUUUGCGCUACGAAAUGGGUUCAUUGCAGCAAAUAUUUCUCAAGGCAGCAAUUUCAAUUUCAACUUCAAGAAAUUUCUUUCGCGCACUUAUGACGAGGAUUUUGAAAAAAUUGUUGGAAUCAGGUUUUGGAUCUGGCUUUUCUCCAUCUUUUUCAUAUUCCUUAGUGCACAUGAGUUUUAUAAUUACUACUGGCUUCCAUUUAUUCCACUUGUGAUUUCUCUACUUGCUGGGACUAAACUACAAGUGAUAAUAACAAAGAUGCAUCUAGAUAGUUGCAAAGAAAGUUCUGUGAUCAAAGGAACCUUACUUGUAAAACCAAGUGAUGAAUAUUUCUGGUUUCAUCGACCGGAAUGGCUUCUCCAUAUACUCCAAAUCAUCCUUAUCCAGAACUCCUUUCAACUUGCAUUUUUCACAUGGACUUGGUAUGAAUUUGGUCCAAGGUCUUGCUUCAAUAGAGAAAUAGAAGAUAUUGCCAUAAGGAUUGUAUUGGGUUUAGCUGUUCAGCUUCUUUGUGGUUAUGUCACUCUUCCCCUUUAUGCACUUGUCACUCAGAUGGGGUCUAACAUGAGAAAGGAGAUUUUCACUGAGCAUGUGACUCAAGGUCUAAAAAAUUGGCAUAAAAAGGCUAAGCGAUCGCUAUCGAAAAACAGCAACUCAGCUUCUUUACAUUCCAAAACAAGUGAGAAUUCAGUAAGGGGGUCAUUUGAGGAGUUGCAGAAUAAUGAAGACAUCAUAACACCUAAUUCAGGUAACAACUCUGGAAGUGGAGAGGAGGAAGAAGUAAUUGUAGUUGCUGUUGAGAAGGAGAUAUCAAGUGAAACUACUUCUGAAGAUAAUGGUAAGGUCAUCACCAGAGGAAUCUAUGACGGUGAGAUCUCGUUUGGAAUCUAUGUGGGGAGUAGUAGCAGAGGUAUAGGGGAAAUUGUUUCAAUAGCUGAAGAAGAAGAAGAAUAGAUGAUUACAUUCAUCACAAAUUUGAAACUAGAGGUACUGGACUUGUAUAUUGUAAUAUUUAUUUGAAUUAAACUCAUUGGUUAAGCAAUGUCUAUAAACUCUAGACACUUUGGCUAUAUACGUGAGUAUCUGUUUGCAUUCCCAAAUCAAUCUCAUUUUCCCUUCCUAUU